AAUGGAAGAUUUCUAUAUUAACAGCACCUCACAGGACCAAAGCUAUGAUUACAGCAACAUCACCUACUACUAUGAAUGGGGAAUACACACCUACAACUACCAUCAUUACCACUACUUAACAUUCACCAAGAUUGUGCUGACAUACAUAAUCAUUGGUGUCGGCCUUCCUUUGACCCUCGUGGCCAUCUAUGCUCUUUAUUCUACGGUGAGAAGUGAUCAUGUUGCUCCGAUCUACGUCAUCAACCUUCUCAUUACUGACCUCCUUCAGCUCUGCUACAUGAUCGUUUGGGUGGCACCAAAUGUGGAUGAGACUAUAUAUACCAUCGUCUUUUAUAUUUACUACUUUGCUAUGAUGGCCAGUGUUGGCUUCAUGGUCUGCAUCGCCCUGGAAAGGUAUUUGGUCAUCGCACACCCACUGUGGUACCGCUUCAGACUAACCAUCAAGACCUCUGUGGCGGUCUGUGUCCUGGUCUGGGUCCUUUCUCUUGUCUGUAUUGUCAUUUUUUAUUUGUAUUCUGGUUAUGUGUUCACAAACAUAAUAUUUAUCGUCUUCCUCCUCCCUCCCUUCCCAUUGUUAAUCUUCUUCCUGGUUGGGACCCUCAAAGCCCUGUCUGCUUCCAUGUCGGUCCCCUCUGAUGAAAAGCGACGAAUUGUGGGAAUUUUGGUUCUGGUGCUGCUUAUUUACACACUGCUGUACCUGCCUGACAUCAUUUUCUACCUGGUUGUAUAUGACAAGACCCUCGACUUCCUGUCUUUCAUCCUUGUUAGGUUGAGUCCUCUUGCAGACUUAGUCCUGUAUGUCAUCAUGAGGAAAAGGGCCAUAGACAAGCUUUUGGCUUCUGUGUGU